UAAUUGUGGUUAAUUGGGACUUAUCAGCACUUAAUUGUAGUUAAUUGGGCUUAAUUGUGGUUAAUUGGGACUUAUCAGCACUUAAUUGUAGUUAAUUGGGCUUAAUUGUGGUUAAUUGGGACUUAUCAGCACUUAAUUGUAGUUAAUUGGGCUUAAUUGUGGUUAAUUGGGACUUAUCAGCACUUAAUUGUAGUUAAUUGGGCUUAAUUGUGGUUAAUUGGGACUUAUCAGCACUUAAUUGUAGUUAAUUGGGCUUAAUUGUGGUUAAUUGUUACCUAUUAAAACUUAAUUGUAAGUAUAUUAGACUUAUCAAACGUUAAUCAUUAUCAUCCUAUUCAAAUAUACCGCAUGUAGAAUAUUAGUUCAUACAGUCAAAUAUAGAUGGCGACACAUUUUUACCAUAUGUUUGUUCUCCGUAGAACAUUUUGUUUACAUUGAAGUUAAUUCUUACCAUAAUUAAUUCUUAUUAAUUGCGCAAAGUUAUCACUCAAUUAUAAUGAUUAGUUCAUCAUCAUCAUCAUCUCCACCACCACCACCACCACCAUCAUCAUCAUCAUCAUCAACUUUACCAUCUGAAUCUGAUGAGGAGGAAUUCAUGAACUAUCUAAGAGAUUUUCUCAAUCAAAGAGGUCCUCUCAAUCAUAAGAUCGAUUUAAUAUUUUCGUUAAUUGAGAGGGUCCCAAGUCUGACUGAGAGAAAGAAGUAUAUUGUGCGAAGGAUUUGCAAGUAUGCUCUCAAUCGUUUAAUCACAGCAAGAGCAACUACAAUAACCAGGAAUCUCAAUUCCAAGAUUGAUGAAUUGGUUGAUCAAUGUAAAGCCAUUGAUGAGCAGUUCAAUGCUGAGGCGAAGAGGAACAUUCAGUUGUUCCAAGAAAAUUGGCUUUUAAAAACAUCUUUACAAAUUUCAGAGGGUGAAGAUGGAGCCGCCGAAAUCUCAUUUAUUGAUUGGAUUUUCAGGAAAAUGGGCUCUGAAUUAGGCAUCAAACAACAAUGGUUCCAUCAGGAUGGUCGAGGCCGAGGCCUUUAAAUCAUUAUUUAGAUACACUAGAAAUUAUCAUUUCAUUAAAAAAAAGUCAUUCAUUCAAUUA